GCUGAUACAUUUCUGUCAAACAAUGAUACUGGACCAUGUAUACCCACAGAUGACGAAACAAACACACUGCUCUAUACACGUGGUAUGCUCACAUUUCAAAUCCUCGUUGAUAAUGUCGGGAUACGACGCCGGGCUUUUACAGAACCGUCAACCUUAACAAACAAUAACUUUGCGAAAAAACCUCACGGUGCACACAAUAACCCGCAGUCUGCACGACAUAAGGAAUAUGAGGAAUAUCAUCAGUAGAAAUCUGACAUCUAGACUUAAGAUAUCCAUGGAGCUGAGGACCAUCGUCUUUGGGCUGUUUGUUAUACUUCCGGUCACCUUGUCCAUAGAUGAAGAUGAAGUAGAUGGAAAAACCUACAAGGACACAAUAAAAGUGGAAGGCGUGACGUGCAACUUUGCUGAAUAUAAAACCAAUGACGGUGGAGGACCUCGCGGACUGCGUCUCUAUUCGUGUAAGAAUGUUAGCGGCAACAUGAACAUUGACUGCACAUACUUUGGUGGGAACCCUCACGGCUGCAAGAUAUAUAAACCACAUGUGCAGAAGAGCAUCGCGAAAUAUUACAGAACACUGGCAAGAAGUGCCAUGAACAACGGCAAUCCGUGCAGACCAAGCAGCAUUACUGAAAGUUUCUGUGACAAACACUACCCUUGUUACAAUGGAAGCUGUAUGAAUCAGCAUGUCCGAGAUGAGUUAUAGAAUCUAAUACAAUUUGAACGUUUAUCUUGCAUCGAAGCAGAAUGUCAGAGUGAAGCACCUAAACGCAAGCGCACGAUGUCAGCGAUCUAAACUGUUCGGCCUCUGCGGCCGCCACAAAACCUGACAACCGGUAGUCUAGAUCACGUACUUUAUGUAACUGGCGCUCAAUGAAGGCCCAAUUUCUUUGGAAAUGUCACCAUAAGAGCGUGUUUCCCAAAGCGACUGGAAGCAAGCACUAAAAAUGUCUUUUGCAAUUAUUUUCUUAACACUGCAUUACCUCUGUUGAUGUCCUGUACAGUUCGUCCUGCUGAGAAACAGAGGCGGAUGCGUGAAGGAUUGAUACGUAGGGUUGUAUUUUAAAUCCCAAGAUAAUCCUUGGUUACGAUUCUUGGUUCGUUAGCACUGUACCCUUGUUCCCUGUAGCUAAAUACUGCCAGUUUAUUUUGUGAAUAUUUGGAACGGCCGAUAAGCAGACGUCAUAUUCUAUAUCUAGGCAGGCAUGUAUUUGAUGGGCCAGUCUGACAUGUAUGAUCGGUCUGUUACAUCAUCUGGUAUUGUGUGAAAUUGAGUCUGAACUACCCUGUAUUCUGGACGAUGAAUUACACCGAUUAGCAGUACUUAGUUUUGGUGUCCUCUCACUUAGCCAGAUUCUGUCAAAAGAGUGCCAGAGUGGCAUUUGGCUGACUAGAGUUAGUGUUUUGAUGACACUUAGUCAAGAUGAGUCAUAGUCUGUAUCAACAAAUGCUCAAUUAGUUAGAUUAGUGAAAUUUGUAUUAAAGUGAGAUACAUUGA